CUACGACUUCCGGUGAGGAAAGUGAUAAACGUUUAAAACUAGAGAGCCGUUAGCCGUUCGGUGUGGCGAAUGUCAGUUAAGUCGUUAUUGUCUAUCGUCGUUGGAGCACACGUGAGGAUGUGUCGUUAGUGGGCGUCACGUGUUGAAGGCAGACAUGUAGGUUAACGUCCUCGCAACACUUUCGCAUUCGAGAGGUAGAGACCGUGUUGCUAAGCUGUCGUUCGUUCCGAGCCGCCAACGAAGUGUGUUCUUACUCUGAGUCCACCAACGGUUAACGCUCGUUACCAGUCAGACACCGCUGUCUAUGGUUAGACAUGGCUGCCCAGUGUGUCACCAAGGUGGAGCUGACUGUGUCCUGUGAGAACCUGCUGGAUAAAGACAUCGGCUCCAAGUCCGACCCUCUCUGUGUGCUUUUGAUGAGCAGCUCUGAAUCCCAGUGGUAUGAGGUGGGCCGCACAGAGAAAGUCCAGAAUUGCCUCUGCCCAAAGUUUGCCAAAAAGUUUGUCAUCGACUACUACUUUGAAAUAGUGCAGAAACUGAAGUUUGGGAUUUAUGACAUCGACAACAAAACUGUUGAUUUGAGCGAUGAUGACUUCCUGGGGCAACUGGAGUGCACCUUGGGCCAGGUUGUGUCCAGUAAGAAACUGACCCGACCACUUGUCUUGAAGAACAAGUCCCCUGCAGGAAAAGGGACUAUCACAAUCAGUGCAGAGGAGAUAAAAGAUAACCGGGUGGCCAAUUUUGAAGUUGAAGCAAGGAAGCUAGAUAACAAGGAUUUCUUUGGGAAGUCCGACCCUUACCUGGAAUUCUACAAGCAGACAGCGACUGGAUGGCAACUUGCUCACAGGACCGAGGUGGUGAACAACAACUUGAACCCAACAUGGAAACCCUUUCGAAUCCCCCUGCAGUCUCUCUGUGGAGGAGACAUGGAAAAACCUAUAAAAGUUGAGUGUUAUGACUAUGACGACGAUGGCUCACAUGAUCUUAUUGGAACCUUUGAGACCACAAUGACACGCUUUCAGCAAGCAUCACGAACAUCUCCGGCAGAGUUUGAAUGUGUCAACAGUAAAAAGAAACAGAAGAAGAAAGGCUACAAGAACUCUGGUGUUGUGAGCGUGAAGCUAUGCCAGGUGGUGAAGGAGUAUACCUUCCUAGAUUAUAUUAUGGGAGGCUGUCAGAUCAACUUCACUGUGGCUAUUGACUUCACAGGCUCCAACGGGGAUCCCAGGUCUCCUCAGUCUCUGCAUUACAUUAGUCCUCAGGGUGUUAACGAGUACCUCUCUGCUAUCUGGUCUGUGGGCAACGUCAUCCAGGACUAUGACAGUGACAAGAUGUUUCCUGCCUUUGGCUUUGGAGCACAAACCCCUCCCACAUGGCAGGUUUCCCAUGAGUUUCCUCUGAACUUCAACCCAGCAAAUCCAUUUUGUGCAGGCAUUGAAGGUGUGGUGGAGGCCUACAGGGUGUGUCUGCCCCAGGUCAAACUCUACGGUCCCACCAACUUUUCCCCUAUCAUCAACCAUGUAGCCACCUUUGCUAAGCAAGCACUCCAGCAGACAACUGCGUCACAAUACUAUGUUCUGCUGAUCAUCACGGACGGAGUGAUCACAGACAUGGAUGAGACACGCAACGCCAUUGUCAAUGCCUCUCGUCUUCCCAUGUCGAUCAUCAUCAUUGGAGUAGGGGGGGCCGACUUCAGUGCCAUGGAGUUCCUGGAUGGGGACGAUGGACGUCUGCGCUCUCAGACCGGCGAGUCUGCCAUGCGAGACAUCGUCCAGUUUGUGCCAUUCAGGCAGUUCCAAAAUGCUCCCCGAGAAGCACUGGCAAAGAGUGUGUUGGCAGAAGUACCAAGUCAGCUGAUGGACUUUUUCAAUACCAUGAAGCUGAGUCCCCCAACCAAUGCUGCACCAAACCCUGCAGGUACCAUCUGAUAAUACAAGGAAGAAACCAGAUACAGACCCAUCUCCUCUUCUGCAGAUAUAAAGAAGAUCCAAGCUUCACCUCACCACUAUCAGACAAAUGUCCUUCCUACAUUUGCCUUUCUUAACCCUUGUUUUUCACCACCUUAUGGCAGCGUGCAGCAUAGUCAAAAACAACCACCCCAAACACACAAUACAUCGUCCAUAAGAACUCCAAACUGUGUAUUUUUAAGUGUCAAAAUAGACCUAGCUUUUGUUAGAUAUUAGCAUUCACGUGUGUUAAUUUUAGCUGUUAUUCAGUGCUACUGCAUCUUAGAAAUAGAAAACAAACAUAAUCAUUCCGUUAUUUUUGAAAAAAGAUUCUGAGAAAUGCACUUAUUGUGUAUUAAAGAUACACAAUACAAGGAUUUAAGCAUCCAUUGAAACAGAAUACCAUACGACAAACACAAUUCUCAUUGCAGAAUCACAGCACUGGGUACAAACUAGUCUGCUGCAGGCUUUUUAUUGCAGAGUGUGCAUUUUUUUUUAUGCUUCCAUCAUCAAAUUAAUAUAGUUUUGUAAAAGGCUUUUAUGCAUUAAGAUAACAAAGGAGAUCUUUUAAUCAUGAGAAACUUGUGUGACUAAGUUUAUUUCAUAGGUUAGUGGACCCCACUAUACACAAUGUUUACAUCCUCACUGAAAUAGCUGCAGCGCUGCUAGUAGCAUAAUUAUGUACCUUUUAGCCAAGUAGCUUUGUUAAUGUUAAUGCACGCACAUGCUUCCCUAUGCACUCAUCUAACUUUUUACUCAUUACUCAAUGAAAUGCCAAACUCUGUGUGUAGGUUAUAAACCUGUGUAAACCCAGAGCUGUUUAAACCUUAAGUAUGAAAUAUUGUGAUAACUAAUUAGAAAGUGGUCUCAUUGUUGAUUUUAAUUGUACAUUUAAUUGUACAUUGUACAUUUACUGUGGUCUGCCAUUGUGCCAGUUAUUUUUGGUUACUUUGCUGUUUGCUAGUUCCUGGACAAGGACUAGCAAUUCCAUAUGUAUGACUAUUGUAUAUCAGUAUUACACAUGCUAUCACCAUAGAAAUGAGAUACAGUACUGCUUAUUGAAAUCUAUGCACUGAUAGUUUUUACUGGUUGCACGAUGAAAGCUAUAAACAUGCACCUGAUAUAUCAUGUGGUAUCCGCUUUAGUGCUGUAAAAGAAAUGGAUAAUGUGCCUUUGGUUCAAUAUACAGAAAGGGCAUCAAGAUUCCUAUUAAAGAAUUUCUUAUUCAAUACAA